AGUACACGAGUAUAGAUGUAAUUUUUAUAUCCAACUGUAUCUAUUCUUCUUCUUCCACCGUGAAUACUGAGUAGGUCUCUUCAGAGCCAUGGUGAAAAAAGCUAAAAAUUCUCCAGCUCCUCCCUCAACAGAAUCCCAAAGGAAAAUGGUGUUGAGAAUUAGACCACCCCAGAAGAUGAAGCAAGUAGAGGAUGAUAUUGUAGAAGAACCCAAAUCACGAAAGAAGCCCAAAACUGCUGCCAAGAAAAAGGCUGCUAAAAUUGAUUCUGACAAGCCCAAGAAACCUCCCACUGCCUUUUUCUACUUCUUGGAGGAUUUUCGCAAGGGCUACCAAGAAGAAAAUCCAAACGUCAAGUCAAUGCGUGAUGUUGGCAAAGCUUGUGGAGAGAAGUGGAAAACAAUGACAUAUGAGGAAAAAGUCCAGUACUAUGAUAUAGCUACAGAUAAACGAGCAGAAUUUGAUAGAGCCAUGGCAGAUUACAUCAAGCGAAAGGAAAGCGGGGAAGAUACGAAGCCCAAGGACUCGGAUUCGGAAUAUGAUGAAUGACUCUGUUAAUGGUUGAUGCUUCGAGACAGGAACACUUUAGACUGUAUAUUAAUUUGUGGUACAUGUUGAAUGCCAUGACCAUUCCAGUUCCAUGUCUGUAAAAUGUAUGCAUUCACUACCUUUUAGGAAACUAAUCUAGCUAUGCACUGUCUGUUUACAUUGUGAUGUUUAAUGCAAUUAGGGUUCUUGCUUAUUUCACAGCGGAUGCCAUGUACGAAUUUAAUUCCCUACAAAUUGACAUUUCUAUUUCAAAUUUGAAUUUCAUUC